AUGCCAGUUCUAAUCCCCCUCGAAAUACGUGUUUUUUUUCUCCAUUUCCUCGGAACCAAUCGAGGAUUAAUUAGAGUUGGAAGUGAAAACGAAAGUGUACCGGAUACAGUGGAAAAUCCGUGGCCUCGGAGAAACCCUAACGAAGCAAUUGCAGAAAGCUGCAAAAAGAGGGAGAGAGAAAAGGAGAAGAAUAUGCGUCAAAAGGUUAGGGGAAUUUCGCGGAAGGUGUUGAGUGAGGUUGAGAAAGAGAGAUCUGUAAGAGUUAGAGGCGAUGGGUUUCGGAUCGGAGAGGCAGAAGGGUACCCUUGCUUCGUUAGAAAGUUCCCUCAACGAUGGUUGGUGACAGACCCUGAGCCAAACUCAUUCUCAGUUGAUUAUGGUCAAUCGUCCCAUUUAGAAGGUGAAAUAUUCGCGUGUUCCCUAGAGUUUCUUGAGAAAUGUAUUUCUAACUUCUCUCACCACGUGGUCAAGAUACCUGGAACAACUAAUAGGCAUCGCACAACAGUUGGUUCCCUUAUGAGAUCAAUCAUUUAG